AUGGAACAAAACCGAUAUCCACAGUUUCUUCUGAUAGGAGACUCCCAUAUCCAGUACAUGAAUCAACUCCGGGAUGGGUUCGCGUUCGCUGCGGGACUGUCGACACAUGUUGAAAGACGCCUGGACGUUAUAAACAGGGGUUUCAGCGGCUAUAAUUCAAGCCAUCUGCUACACAUCUUGGAACAUAUUAUUCCUUCGACCAGUGCAGCGAAAGUGGAUUACAUCCUUGUACUUCUAGGUUCCAAUGACUCUUGCCUCCCUGAGAGUCCAACUGGACAGCAUAUUUCUCUGCCAGAAUACCAGAGGAAUAUCACAACGAUUGUCAACCGCUUCUUAAAUGAUACUGAUCCAAAGAAACUCUUUCUUGUAACGCCGCCACCGGUCAAUGAAAUCCACCUUCAAGAAGCCUCAGAUGGCCAGACCUUAACUCGACACCAAAGUUUUACUGCGAAGUAUGCGCAAGUAGUACGAGAAGUCGCCGAAGAGCUGAACGAUCAGCGCGUAGUCCUUGUUGAUUUAUGGAGUGCGAUAAUGCAAAAAGCUAGAUUGUCAACACCAGAUCAAGGGGAGGAUGCCCUACCAGGUUCUAAAGCGUCAGGGGACAAUGAACAACUUCGGGAAUUCCUCUCGGAUGGACUUCACUUGACUGGAGCGGGUUAUAAGAUAUUUUUGAACAAUGUACUGAAAGCGAUGGGCGAUGACUGGAAAGACGAGAGCUCUGACCACAAAGAUUCAUGGGUUUUCCCUCGUUGGGAAGACGCGCCAAAAUGCUAG